UAAGACACAACGCUAUCUACUCAUAGCCGGUGCAGCCACUGUCCGUGUCGUACGUGGCGAUCGGCUUACAUUUUGUAUUUGUAAAUGUUUUUAUUGAAUAUUAUAAUUUUUUUAGAAAUUAAGUGCUCGUGCUGAUUAUCCCAUUAAAGUGACAGUGACAUAUUUCUCCUUGUGUUUGUUUUGAUUUUGUGAUCGAUAUUUUUGGGAUUCAAAACCGAAUUUUUAUAUAAUGGCAGACAAAGAUUAUAAGUCUGACAAAGUCAGGAAAAUGUUCAGUUGGACUACAGGGGAGACCUCGCCUUCGUCGCCGAUGAGCGAUGAGAAGGAUUCAAAGAUGAGCCAAAUACAGUUCUCAGUGCCGGAGAAACAAAACAAUACCAUGUGGCAAAAAAGGCAGCAGGCGGUGUGUGUAAGACACGCGUACAAACACUACGGCUCUAACAAACGACCGAAUCACGUCCUAGAGAACCUUAACAUGUCCGUCGCCAAGGGAACCAUAUACGGUCUCCUGGGAGCUUCUGGUUGUGGGAAGACAACUCUACUGUCAUGUAUAGUUGGACGAAGAAAACUGAAUCGGGGAGAGAUUUGGGUCCUGGGAGGAAAACCGGGAACUAAAGGAUCUGGUGUUCCUGGUAAGCGUGUUGGCUACAUGCCGCAGGAGAUCGCUCUCUAUGGAGAGUUCACCAUCAAGGAGACCAUGAUGUACUUCGGCUGGAUCUUCGGAAUGGAGACCAAGGAGAUCGUUGACCGACUCCGCUUCCUGCUAGACUUCCUCGACCUGCCCAGCGAGAACAGAAUGGUGAAGAACUUGAGUGGUGGUCAACAACGGCGCGUGUCGUUCGCUGUGGCUCUCAUGCACGACCCUGAGCUAUUAAUCCUGGACGAGCCGACCGUGGGAGUGGAUCCUCUCCUCCGACAGUCGAUCUGGACCCACCUGGUCCGCAUCACCAGCUCCGGAGAUAAGACGGUCAUCAUCACAACCCAUUACAUAGAGGAGGCGCGACAGGCGCAUUGUAUCGGUCUGAUGCGCAGUGGUCGCCUCUUGGCGGAGGAGUCGCCUCAGGCUUUGCUCCACAUGUACAGCUGCGUCUCUUUAGAGGACGUCUUCCUUAAACUAUCACGAAGGCAGGGUCAAGCAAACCAAGUGGCCGAGUUGAAUAUCUCGGGCGGAGCCCUAGGGCUGAAUAAGAUGUCCAAACGAGAGGAGGCGCCGUACGCGGCCGAGGACGGGCAAGUGGUGGGACUCAACUUCCACCAGAGCAAGGAAGUCCUCAUCGUGGAUGCUGCGGGCUCUAACGGAGAUUUGCCCGGCAAAGUGACGGAGGUCGUUAAGUCAGAAUGCGAAGACUGCGGUAACUGUUUCAAUCUGACCUCCCGCGGUAAGAUCAAGGCUCUGAUACAGAAGAACUUCCUCCGGAUGUGGCGUAACAUCGGCGUGAUGCUGUUCAUCUUCGCGCUGCCGGUGAUGCAGGUCAUACUGUUUUGUCUCGCUAUAGGCAGGGACCCCACGGGCCUGAGACUGGCGGUCGUCAACGACGACGUGCACGUGUUGGACGGGUACUGCCCCUUCAACUCCUCGUGUUCCAUGAAGAACCUGUCCUGCCGCUACCUCGCUCACCUCAGGAACCAGUCCAUCAUCAAGGAGUACUACGCCGACCUCGGCAGCGCCCGGAGCGCCGUGGAACAGGGACACGCCUGGGGAGUCCUCCUGUUCAACGAGAACUACACGGACUCGCUUGUAGCUCGACUGGCUCUAGGUGACACCGCCGAUAACGACACCAUCAUAUCCUCGGAGAUCCAGGUGUGGCUGGACAUGUCCAACCAGCAGAUAGGCCUCAUGCUCAACAGGGACAUACAGUUCAGUUACAGGGACUUCGCCAAGGAGUUGCUCCAGACGUGCAACUACAACCCCAAGGUGGGCGACAUCCCCAUAGACUUCCAGGACCCCAUCUACGGCGACAACAACCCCUCCUUCACUGACUUCGUAGCCCCCGGCGUUAUAUUGACGAUCGUGUUCUUCCUGGCGGUGGCGUUGACGUCGUCGGCGCUGAUCGUGGAGCGCAUGGAAGGUCUCCUGGACCGGUCGUGGGUGGCGGGCGUGUCCCCCGGCGAGAUCCUGUUCAGCCACGUGGUGACGCAGUUCGUGGUGAUGUGCGGCCAGACGGCGCUGGUGCUGGUGUUCAUGAUCCUGGUGUUCGGCGUGGAGUGCAACGGGAACGUGCUGUACGUGAUCGCGCUCACGCUGCUGCAGGGGUUGUGCGGGAUGUGCUUCGGCUUCGUGAUAUCUGCGGCCUGCGAGCUGGAGAGGAACGCCAUCCAGCUGGCGCUGGGCUCGUUCUACCCGACGUUGCUGCUGAGCGGCGUCAUCUGGCCCAUCGAGGGCAUGCCGUGGGCGCUCCGAGGCGCGGCGCUGUGUCUUCCGCUCACGCUGGCCACUUCCGCCCUCCGCGCCGUGUUGACGCGGGGUUGGCCGUUGUCGGAGCCGGACGUGUACCUGGGCUUCGUGGCCACGCUGGGCUGGAUCGCGCUGUUCCUGGCGCUCACGCUCACCAUACUGAGGUUCAAGAGAGGAUGAUCGGCUCCGAUGUUAGCGCGUCGUCCGCUGUCGGCUCACCGGCGAGGCCGAGGGCCAGCGUACGACCAAACUGUUAGUUCACGUGUACAUAUUAGAGUAUUUAUAGUGUAGGUAGGGGUAGGGAAUGUAGCGAGGAAGGUACAGGUAGGAUACAGUUACCAAACACUAAGCAAGUGCCAUAGAACAUCUAUGGCAUUCGGAUCACGACCUGCUGAGGUUAUUCAUCGUUACCCUUAACACCAGUCCGAUCGUCACUCUACUUACAGCUUCCAGUUUUCCACUGAUUGUUCUUCACGUAUGUUUGUAUAUUAUGAAUAAAAACUGCAAACUGUCUGUAUGUAGUUCGAGGAUGCGGACUCGGGUUAAGGGCGGCGUUCCCGAUUCAACAUCAUUAGUAUUUCCAUUGUAUUGGACUGUGAUUAUAUAUCUAUUGACUUAGUGUAACGACAGGUUUACAUUAUAACCAGCUCGGCCUCUGUUCACAGACACAGCUCUAGGUUUAAAGGCUUUAUUGUAAUAAACUGUUAAAAUCUACACGGAACAUAAUCUGGGCAGCACUUCACAUUAUUUCUUCGUCAGAAUCUCGCUCAGAACCUUUUUCUUUUUUUGUCCCUUGUUGAACUUUUGUUUCUGAAAAGUCAAAUAAUAAAAUUUAAUAUAGAUCAUUGAAUAUCAGUCACGUGUAAGCGACCGGCCCCACCUUUUUCUUUUCUGCCGUCAACCCGACAAACUCCUUCCUAUUUUUCUUGGUGUGUGUCAUGUCCUGCCUGGUGGGGACUCCCCCGGAGUUAUCCUGUGACAUAGGGACGGACACAUUUAAACUUAACAGAACAUUAAAGGUUAUAUACAUUAUAUGUACAAUCGGAGAGGGUUUACUGUGUACUUGUAAAAUUAAUUUAUAUUAAAUAAUGUAAAUAUGUAUAUCUUUAAUGAAUACAACUUUUUUUAUACCUGA